AUGGCUUCCGACAAGAAGGCUUCCAAGAAGUCGGGCGCCGACAAGAAGCAGAAGAAGACAUCUGCAACCAAGAACGUCGAGGCUCCGCUUGACGUGAUCAAGAACUUCCUCGAGCAGCAGGGAGAGAAGAGCGCUGCUAGCAAGCUCGAGGACUUUGCGCAAUCUCUGCAGGAUGCUGUGAAGAAUGCGCCCGAGCCAAUGGACGUGGACGAGGAAAGCGCGUCCAGCAGCGACUCGAGCAGUGAUUCCAGCAGCGAAUCUGAGGCUGAAGCAAAGCCAAAGAAGGCCAAGAAGACUGCUGCGAACAAGACACCGGCCAAGGAGGACGCCUCCAGCUCAUCAAGCUCUUCCGACUCCAGUUCCGACUCAUCCAGCGACAGCUCCGACUCUGAUUCCGAAUCUGAGAAAGAAAGCGCGCCAGUCAAGGCAAAGGCUGUAGUCAAAAAGGCAAAGAAGGCCAAGUCGGUCUCGUCUUCUUCUGCGUCUUCCUCCAGCGAUUCUAGCGACUCUAGCGAUUCCGAUAGCAGCUCCGAAGAGGAGCCUGCGAACGUCCCCCUACCUGACUCCGAUUCGUCCGAUGCGUCGAGCGAUUCCUCCUCGAGCGACUCAGACAGCGAUUCCAGCGACUCAUCUAGCGACAGCAGUUCCGAAUCAGAAGCUGAGAAGAAGACUACAAAGGCGAAGAAGAGCAAGAAGGCCGCCUCGGUCUCAUCAUCGUCUGCCUCGAGCUCUUCGGACUCUUCAGACUCUUCAGAUUCCAGCGAUUCCAGCGACUCUGAUAGCUCCUCCGACGAAGAGCCAGCCAAGACUAAGAAAACAAAGAAGAUCGCCAAGAAGGCUUCCACAUCCUCCUCUUCAAGCGACUCCAGCUCUUCCGAUAGCUCCUCAGACAGCUCGUCCGACUCCGACUCCGACUCCUCAUCCGACAGCAGCAGCGACGACGACGAGAAGAAGCCCGCCGCCCUCGAGCGUAAGACCUCCGCCAGCGACUCUUCCGCCACUCUCCCUGCAAACUCCCCCGCGCCCUCCUCCAACAAGCGCAAAGCCAGCUCCCCCUCCGCCGACGCGCCCAAGUCAAAGCGCAGCCACGUCGAAAACCGCUUCCAGCGCAUCAAGCCCGACGUCAAAGUCGACCCCAAGCUCGCUAGCAACGCCUACGUUUCCUACGAUUACGCCGACCGCGCGCACGCCAAGUUGAUUGUUACAAGGGGAAAGGGAUUCACCAAGGAGAAGAACAAGGGAAAGAGGGGUAGUUACAGGGGUGGCAUGAUCGAUACGAGCGGUGGAAAGGGUAUCAAGUUCGACGACUAA